AAGCUCCAGGCUUUCCACACCUCCUCUUCACCCACGAUGUCCUCCUUCUUCACGACUCCGGCCUCGCAGCGGAAACGGAAACGAUCUGACGGUCCGUCGCCUGCGUUAAAAAAGCGAAAUACCACAUCCGCACCCUCACAAGCAAAAAGCGCACCCCGCGCUCGCAAAGACCGCUCUGAGUCAAUUUCUGGAAGCGAAUCGGACGACUUCGAGGGGAUUCACAAUGAUGCAGACGACUUACUGCCAUCCGAGUCUGAAGACUCAGCAGGCGAGGACGAGACGGCGGCAGAAAAGCGCCUGAGGCUCGCAGAGCGCUAUCUAGCGAAUAUUCGAAGCGAAGUCGAGGACGACAGUGUAGGAUUUGACGCCCGAGACAUAGAUCGCGACAUUAUCGCGGAAAGACUCAUUGAAGAUGUGGCGGAAAAUAAAGGGAAAAUAUACCGGUACUUGGCAAAAGAGCUGGAUUGGGAGGCAGCAACGCAUACAUUUUUUCGGGCAGAUCAGAAUGUAGUGACUGGCAUUGCGGCAGCGGCGCCAUACGUGUACACAGUUGGGAAGGAUCUGAGUCUUGUCAAGUGGGAGGUUGCUACACCGGCACAUGUCUUGGAGGGGCAGGGUGACGGCGAGAUCAGGCCGACGAAUAUCACACUCAGGAAGAGACCGAAACGGGUCGCAUUUGCAAAAGGAAAGAAGAGCAAAGCGAAGGAUCCUAGUUAUCUAGGACACACGGCGCCGAUUCUCUCCAUUGCUGUCUCAUCCUCAGGGACCUACCUAGCCACUGGAGACGCCAAUGCCCGCCUCAUCAUUUGGAAAGCCGAGACUCUCACCCCGCUAAAAGUUUUCACCCAGCAUCGUGCAGCUAUUAACUCGCUCUCCUUCCGUCGUGGCACCCAUCAGCUCUUUUCUGCUUCCUCAGACCGCACAAUCAAGAUAUGGAGUGCCGACACGCUUGCUUACGUGGAGACUCUAUUCGGGCACCAGGACGUUGUCGUCGGCGUUGCUGGAGGUGUCGAGGGAAAUGGAGGACAAGAGGUGUGCGUCAGUGUGGGUGCGAGGGAUCGUACAGCGAGGUUAUGGAAGGUGUUGGAAGAGAGUCAACUUGUGUUCAGGGGCGGUGGGACAGCAAGACAAAAGGGUCUGGACAAGAUUCGAAUACAUCACUACGAGGAUGAGAAAAGUGUGGCGAAAAAGAGGGGAGUUAAUGGCACGGGACCAGCCGAGCAUGACGAUGAUUUCGUGGCAUACGCUGAAGGCUCUAUCGAUUGUGUGGCUCUCCUCGACAGCACGAUCUUCGUCACUGGAUCGGACAAUGGCGCUCUUUCACUGUGGUCAACCCAUAAGAAGAAGCCACUAUUUACGUUACCUCUUGCCCACGGCCGAGACCCACCUAUACCAGCGGAGGAGAUGUCGGCCGAUCUAGAUCCCGCAGAUCAUAGAGAAGGACCCAAAUUACCGAGGUGGAUCACAGCCCUAGCAACGGUACCGUUUGCAGAUUUGAUUUUGAGUGCCAGUUGGGAUGGUUGGAUUAGGUGCUGGAGGGUCGGACCGGAGAAAAGGACUAUCGAAGAAGUAGGCGUUAUUGGAAGGAUACCACCUAUCGAAGUUAAAGGAGGUGGUGCUGAAGAUUCAGACGACAAUUCAGAGGAGAGAUUGCAGGUCAGGGGUAUAGUCAACGAUCUAUCAGUCUUCGAACGGGGCGAUAGGGGCAAAGACGGACUCUGCGUUGUUGCGGCGGUAGGAAAGGAGCACAGGCUCGCACGGUGGACUACUUUCAAGAACGGUAGGAACGGAGCUGUGAUAUUCGAGGUACCCCGGAAAGGGGUAAUACAAAAUGGCUCUGCGAAUGUUGAAGACGCAGAGUAGACCAGAGUCGAACGUCCCGACUAGGGAGGUCUAUGAUAAGAUAGCCGCCGUUUGGAACGCCCCCAUAACGCCAUAUGUAAAUCUUUUACACUCAAAACCUUUU